AUGAAGUCGUCGGCGUUCCUCGCCGCCUGCGGCGCUGCCCUGGCCAUUGCUAGCCCCAUUCUCCAGGACCGACGCCUUUACGUCAAGACGGAUGUUGUGGUUGAGUGGGUGACAGUCACGGUGACCGAGGGUGAGACCGCCACAGUGUUCCAUCGUCCUAACCGUCGCCCGAGGCCGUCGACGACUACCUCUGAGGUUACGAGCAGCACGCCCGUAGCCCCUCCACCCCCACCUCCCGUCACCUCCACUACAUCUAUCCCUGAGCCCGUUGUUCAGCCCACUCCCGAGCCGACUCCCGAAACUACGGAGGUAGUUAUCGAGUCAACUCCGGUUGUUGAGUCGGUGGCUCCUGUUGAGCCAACGUCCGAGGUCACCGUGCCAGUUUCCACCACGCAGCCCGAAGCUGCCCAGCCGUCAGACUACCAAAGCACGGCACUGUACUAUCACAACGUUCAUCGAGCCAACCACUCCGACGUCGGGCCCCUCACAUGGAGCGACAAGCACGCCGAAUAUGCGAAGACUCUUGCUGAGAGAUGUGUCUUUGCGCACGACACGAGCAUCGGCGGAGGUGGCUACGGCCAGAAUCUUGCCAUGUGGGGAUCCACUGGGAAUCCCGAGGCCGUCGGCGCCGCAAAGAUGGUGGCCCAAUCGGCCAGCGACAUGUGGUACAACGGCGAAAUCAACCUCUUCCCGGCAAGUGAUUACGGCAAGGCGACCCCCGAUAUGAGCAACUUUCAUGCUUGGGGUCAUUACUCUCAGCUUGUCUGGAAGAGCACCCAGCAAGUGGGCUGCGCAACAGCCUUCUGCCCAGCGGGUACCCUGUACUCAACUAUGGGGGCUUGGUACACUGUCUGCAACUACUACCCUGCUGGCAACAUGGGCGGCGCAUACGGGCAGAAUGUUUUGCCGCCAGUGGGACAAGCGAGCAUCUUCGCUGCCUGA